AUGUCUUCAGAAUAUAGUCAAGAAAUUAAAAAAACUAAUGAAUUGCUGAAAUUUUUAGAUUUGAUUGAAAUUCUUAAUUUAUCUAAUUUAUUGAAUAUAGAUGAUUUCCUUGCUAUUUUAGAAGAAAAUAUAGUUUGUGAAAUUCCUAAUAAAAGCUCUAUAAUGGCUAAAAUUAUUAAAAUUUUUAAAGAAGAGCCUGAAAAAUCUAAUCAUGAAGUUUUUGAUAAAGCAGAUAAUAGUGUUGAAACCACAAUCAUAAGCACAAGUGAG